CAGAGACGUCGUGGUGUCCAUGUGGAGGAGCGAGCCCCGGUAAAAAAGGAACAUGGCCUCCGCUGGUUUACUGCUCUUAACGCUCGCUGUCCUCAACAGUGCAGGAAGUUCACAGACCUUUGUGAAAAUUCACUGCAAGACUCAAAACAUCGGACAGUGUGACCAGGAGUCACGACUUGACUGUGUAAUCCACUACUCUGAAGGAGACGUAGAAGACGCAGAAAAUGCUGAAAUCCUGGCGGUAAUUUGGAGGAAAGAGGGGGUUAAAGAAUCCGUACUUAAAUACGAAAAUGGAAAUCUAACAUCGUUGCCUGGAUAUUCAUUUGCUGAACCGUCCUGGAACAACAAGAACGUGAACGUAUCCCUGCUCAUUCACAAAACUGCUGUUAAGGACGAGGGAGUUUAUACAUGUGAUGUGUUCACAGACAGUGGUUAUAACACCAACCACACCAGACUGAACGUCACAGCCAAAUACGGAGUGCCAACUAUUCAGCCUCAACCUCAGGACAUUGAUCUCAACACCGACGGUUCCCUGACAUGCAGGUCCACCGGCUACCCAAAAGGCCGACUCAGCUGGUUUGAUAAAGACAACAAGCCUUGGUUAGAGCAACCCAAGGUGGAGGUGCUGACGACAGAGAGUGGUCUGUUUAUCCUCUCAAGCACGUUGAAUAUACAGCGAGGAUCCGCCUUCUCCCAGUACACCUGCAAAGUGUUCAACGCCAGAGGAGACAAAGAGGCGGAGAAAUCCUUCACAGUGCAGGACAAACCAUCGAUCGGAGGGCUGGGACAAGACGCCAAAGACACCAAAGACUCAAACAUGAUUUUGGCCACCAAGAUAGUGGCUCCUGUGUUGGUCGUCGGGUCUCUGAUCGUGGGGUUGCUAGUGUUGCUACUUUACAAAAGACGAUCUCAGCAGGUUCGGAGGCAGUCUGCAACACCCCUUAUGAGUGACCAUCAAGCCGUUCACACAGCUGAGUUACACAUGGAGGAAGGAGAUGAUCAGGAAACGGAGGGAGAUGUUCAAGAAAGUCUGACUACAGGAGAAACCAAGAUCACUCUUACUGACGACCACUGAAAUCAACACUUCUUGUUUGCUUGAGCCCGCGUCAGCAGUUUAACUUUUCCUAAUGCAAACAUCCAUGUACAUAACCAGCUGUGAUUUAACAGAAACUGUAAGCGCUUUGUUCACCCUUAAUCUACCAAGUAAACAAGCUCCAAUCAAGUUUAAAAUGUCAACAAAGACUGAUAUAUAUAUAUAUAUAUAUAUAUAACAGGAGUAAAAGGGGUCCAGGUCAGGCUCUGUUGUCUUAAAGUGACCACAUUGGGAACCGUUCCGACACCACGGAGUCUCUGAUGUUGAUUUAUGGAGGACAAAAGUGUAUAAUGUGAUGAUUUAGCCCACGCAGUAACUGUAGCUUUUGGCAGCUUAUCAGCCUCCUUCUUACUCCCUCUUCACAUUCCAUGUCUUUAGUGAAGGGUUAGAAUCAUGAAAUACUUUUAAUUUGCGUGUGUGUGUGUGUGUGUGUAUUUUAAGGAAAUGCAACUGACUACAGUAGUCCAAUUGAAAGAAAGUAUGUUAUAUUUUCUUAUUGCCAUAAGUGCCUUUAAAGUAGCCACUACGGGGCACUGGUAGCCUACUAGUUAGCUUGCAUGCCCCAUGUACGGAUGCUUAAGUCCUCCAAGCGGGCGACCUGGGUUUGAGUCCAACCAGUGGCUGCUUUGCCGCCUGUCUUUCCCCACUCUCUCUCCAUCUCCCUCCCUGAUUUCUGACUGUCCUCUCUGUAAAUAAUAAAACCCCCAAAGCAGACUGAGUCUCCUCUUCAGCCAUCACUGAAUCAAAGACUGUGUGGGGAUGCACCUGAGCAUCAAUGCAUCAUAGGAUUUGCAGAAAAAUGGAUUAAAUACAGAAUAACAUCAAGUUUAUCCUGCUAAGAUGCUCGUUAGGAACAUUUUUUAUGAUUUAAGUCGAGCAUGCUCUGUACUGUGGUAUGAAUGUUGUGCAAGGAUGUCAGCUCACACUGUAAGUGCUCACACUCAACGGUCCGAUUGUAAAUCACCACCUGUGUGCUCACACUGUGUCUCAUAGGCACGGCUCAAACACAAAGCGCCGUGUUCCCCGGCAGCUGGAGGUCUGCAGCUAUUUCCUGCCAACGUUUCUUUUAUUCAUAUAUGAACAUUUGAGUAAAUGUUCUGCCUAGAGACAAAUGAUGAGGCCAACCUUUUUAAGUUCCCGCCCCCUGCAGGAUCCCAUAUCCUUUUUCUCACCACAGAAAAAGUGAAGCACACAGGCUCUGGUUUCAUGUGUCGCAUGAUCUCCUCCUGAUCACCCCUGCUGUGAAAUGUAAAAGCAAAGAGAAAGCUUUAUGUUCCUGUAACUGUCUUUUGUGAGGUUUGGUUUAUGGAACUUUUUUCACAACCGAGUGCAACUUUAUCUUCACAUCAGCUAUUAUCUUCUCAAUCUCCGAUUUUGUUUUCCUUCUUCCUUCUUCUGUUUCAUCCUUUGUCGUCUCUCAGAGAAACCGCCUCGCAUGCCUUUAAAAUCUUGAAUUCUGAUCGAGCCUGCAUGUCAAGCUCGAGCCUGUCAGACCAAAUAUUCUUUACUGUACUGAAGACAAGCCAAAAGUGGAAAACAAAACUCCUUAUCAACAUCCAUAUAUGUGAAUGAUUAACUGUUCUGUAACACACAGUUAAUCAUUGACCUGGUUGGAGAAAAAAACAGUGCCACAAUAUGUAACAUAGAUGAGUUUAUGAAAUCAACGACAAACGUCCUUAAACUACUGUCAGUCAUUUAGAUUCUGUGUCGUGAAAAUUAGGUUUAUAUACAUGUAUGUGUUUGUAAAAUGAACUGUAUACUCUUUUAAUUAUUUUUUUAUCGUGUUUUUUAGCACUAGCACCUUGUACAAACUGUGACUUGUGAUUGUGUGGUAAUAAAACAAAGUCUAAAUUAAAUAAA